AAAGUACCACUCUUUGCUUAGAGUAUAAAUACCUAAAAGUAUUUACCUUGGUACUGCCUUAUCAUGGCAACUAAGUCAAUGGACGCCCUUGACAUAAUUAUUGGUAGAAAGAUAAAAAUUGGCAACAUGUUAUUUAGAAAGAUAUCAACUACAAGUGCAAUGAUAAGGGUUUCGCAAUGAAGCUUGAAAAUUGCCAUAAAUAGGGUUCGCCAAACCUCAACUGUAUCAAUAAAGUGAACCAACUGAAUAGCACCAUGUCAUUUAAAGUAUCUUUGCUCUGUCUGCUGAUCCUGGCAGGAUAUCUCACUUCAAUUGAAGCCGAAGUUUUCCCGCAGUGCGCGAAUGCUCCAUUAGAUACCUUUGUCAUGGCCAUCGAAGAUUGCGCUUCGUACAUCUAUUGCAAUGGAGAGGACUCCUUCCGAGACAGCUGCCCCGAGUCCACCUACUUUGACGAUCGAACCCAAGAGUGUGCCUUUGAUGAUGAGGGUGUGUGUUUAAGGAACUCAGACUCAGUCCAGACCGAGGAGCAGCCCGAUAAGCAAGUUACUGGUGAGGAGCAGAACGGGAUCGAAGAAACCACUCCCGUUGCAACACCGCCUUCUGAAUACGCCUCUACAGGAUCUGCGGACUCUUCUACUUUACAAGCUGAUCCGACAACAACCCCUACAGAAUCAAUUCCUUCAGUGACUGAGCCAUCGACUACAUCUGAUAAGCCAUCCUCCCCAUCUGCAAAGCCUUCCACUCCAGCUCAAGAAAGACCGCACUGCGACGCCUCCGGAGAUGGUGACCAUCCUCAUCCUCAGAGGUGCGAGUACUACUACAGGUGCCUCAGCGGCUAUCUGACCAUUGCGAGGUGUCCUUACAAAUAUGGCUGGGACCUUCCCACAAAGCAAUGCAAGCCGAUCAGCGAGGCUCAGUGCUUUACUCAAAACUAAUCAAAACAUUUUAUGUACUUCUAUUUAUUUUUCCAAUCUACAUUUAAUGUAAGUUCUUAAGAUGAUGCUUAAACUUGAAUCAUGAUCAAAGUAAAUAAAUAAUUU